AUAGAGAGUACUCUUUUUUUGUUGUUUGAAUGAAAUGUAUAUAGAUUAUUUAUGUUAAAGUAAGAAGUUGUGUUGAGCAAUGUUUAUUCAUGAUUUCUCUUAUAAUAAGAAAUAGUGGACAGGUUUAUCUCUCAGGGAGAGACACAGGAACAUUUGGAGAAGAUGAAGGCAUAAAAUGAGAGAUUGCUGCUUGAUCUGAAGGAAGAGAUGGAUAUGUCACAGACUCAGUAUCAGGAUGUAAAAUACUCACGAGAAACUGAAUUCUCAAGUGUCUGACAGAUGCUGCAGGACUGUGAGCAUGACCUGCAGCAGGAGCAGCAGCACCGUGAUGCAGCUCAAGAAGGCCUGGAGAGACUCACACAUACACUAAACAUUGUCAAAGCAGGAGUGCAGCAGCUCAGUGACAGACUACAGCCCAUACCCCUGAUGAAGGAUCCAUCACCACAGCUGUCUUUAGACUCAGAAGGACACAUGCUGCAGCUGAUGUCUGAGACUGAGCAGAAACUGAUGCUACUGAAGGAGGAACUACAGGGAAUAGAUCUGGCAACCAUCUUGAAGGAGUUGAAGGAAGGAGAGGGGAGGAACACAAACUAGUCAUGUUGGUUUCCAUGCCAGAAUAGCAGGGAAACUACCACAGUACAACACUCACGUUCAGCUGCCUGACACCCAGAAACAGGACUUUUUUGAUGAUGAGGAGGACAGCGGCGUGGAUGAUGGUGAUGUCACCAACCGUGUCACACUGAAGCAGCAGUCGCAGUCAAUCAUCGACGCAAACACCAGGAGGAAGACUCGCAUCAAAAAGAGGAAAAGCCAACUCUGAUCUGAUCCAGUCAAAGGAAGAGAGACCAACUUUAGAAAAUACCUAGAUUUUAUAAACAAUUUGACAAUCCUAAAGCAUUGUACUUAACUCUUCAUGCUCAAAUAUUAUGUUUUCAUAACGAAAUAUUCAGAGGAUUCAUCCUUUAUUGCCAUAACAUUUUCCCUCAUUUUAAAACCAAAACCCUUAUGAGAAUUGCUUCAUAACAACACAUGAUCACAGACCUACUUCACGAAUGGGAUUCUAAUCAUUAAUAUUCUUAUAGCAUGUUAUGCAGAAUGACAUUCCCUUGUACAGGUUCACUUUUCUACAUCAUUUACCCUUCCUGACCUUGUUAUAUAAGACUCUGAAGGCACUGAAGCAGAUAAAAGUGUAAACUGCUGAUCUGUACACCAGAGUGUGAGAGAGAGGGUGUGUGUGUGUGUGUGUGUGUGUGUGUUUCAUAAGGCACAGCUCAAAUGAACACUGAAAUAUGCACUAAGAGAUAAUAUGGUUACUUAUAACCUAUGGUCCUUUCUGUGCAUGCCAUCGGUUUAUAAUCUACAUUGUGUUUCUAUUUCUGGUUUAUCAACAUUAAUGAAUCACAACUGUAAAUUACAGAUAUUUAUUAACAACUGAAAUCAAGGCUGAUAAAUAAGUUUCAUUUCUAAUUUGGCUGUAAGUCAGUUGGUUUUCUGUUCUCUUUGUUAAAUCACACAAACAGGGCAUAGAUAUUAAAAACCAUUCCAACAAAGAAAGUGUAAAAGUCAAUAAGAAAUAUCUCAGAGCCAAUACCAUGGCUCUGAUUCAGUAUAUGAAUACAUUGUUUUGGAACUGUCUGAGUCAUUCACUUAAUGAGCAACUCUGACAUUUUCUCUGCUAUUUCAUAACAUCUCACCCUUUCAGUCUGGCAACCGAGCGAGGUUCACGUACAUGCGCAACAACCGCACGAUUUUACUUCGUAUGAGCGCCAAAGUUUUAACGUUUCUUUGCCAAAUUUAAACACAGAAGUGAGGUUUUGCUAAUAGGACGCGCUCGUGUUCGAAAAUAAGUUAAAAGGAGGAGGCGGUAAUGGAUUGGAAAUCUGAAAAAGGAGGCCUGUGUCUUUGUUUACCACGGUGAGGUCUGCGUUUGUUUGACAUUGAACGCUGUUUAAUGGGUUUCAGGGUUUCUGCUAUCACUCGGGAAAAUAUUUGAUAGUCAUAAGACAAUGUUUUGUCAAUUAUUAUCGAGUGUGGUUCAGAGAAAAUCUUAAAAGUUUUAAUAGAAACAACCAAAAUCUUUGUUGUGAUAUUAGUACCCUUAGUAGAGCACAUGUAGUCACGUUCUCUUUUGGAGUAAUCACCCGUCUUUUACUUCCCUUGUGUUUUUGGUAUUUAAUUUAUUAAUCGUUUUAUGUGGUUCACAUUGUGCACUUUUACCAGUUUAUUCACUGUUCCUGCAGACAAACACACAAGAACAAUGAGCUGUACUGUUACUGCUAAUUAUAUCCAACAGAAGUGUACUGAGUGGAAUAAACUGAACUGACAGCCCAUUAGUUUGGGAAACAAUCAGAUUAUUGUGUGAGUUUGUGCUUGUUUGUCAGCAUAGAGAGAAUCAGAUGGAUGGACGAGAAAUGCAGGGUUACUAGAGUUUAGAUGCUCCAUAUGUAUAAGACAUAAGAGUCUAGUGUUCUGAAGCAGAUCAUGAAGGAUCAUUCUGGAAGGUCAUGGCAACCCAUCUCCUGGUUUUAGCAGAGUUCAAACAUGGAGUUUUAGGAGCUGAUCCACUACGAACAAACACUGGAUAAGGAGCAUCAUCCACAGAAGUUGGUGUAUAAUUCAGGUGGAGGAUGAGGUCCUCUCUGGUGGUGUCUGGUGGAGAGAAGGGUCUGCGAGCGCGAUUUGAACGAAUGAGGAAUCUGCUGUGCCAGACUGGGCAUCAUGUGGAUGUGCAGAUGGACGAGGAGCCCGGCGUUUGGCUCAGGAGCUUCCAUCUGCUGGACCUUGAGGAACACAGUGAGGACCCGGUGCAGGAGUGGGGAGAGGAGGUGGAAGACGGGGCCAUUUAUGGCAUCACUCUUCACCGAGAACCCAUCCAGCCCCCACCUGAUGCCCCCGAGAACUCUUCUGCCUUCAGCUUCAUGCAGUACCGCACACAGAAGGUCCGCAGGCUUAAAGCAGCCACUCUGGAGCGUCUUGUUACAGAAUUGGUGAACCCGGAGUGCCCUGACCCAGACUACAUGCAAAUCUUCCUCUCCACCUACAGAGCCUUUACCUGCACAAAUGCUCUCAUAGAACUCCUGUUUCAAAGAGAAAACAUGGUUACCAAUCUGGACAACAGUGUCUGCGUUAGAAGUUCUCUGCCUCGUCUGAUUCGGCUAUGGUUAGACGAGUAUCAAGAGGAUUUUCGGGAUUCUCCAGGUCACCAGGCUCUUCUCCUGCUCUGUAUUCAUCUGCGUCAUCGCCUCUGUUUCAGACGUCUGGUUCAUCAAGCUGAUGCACUUCUAAAAAAAAUUCAGACGGAAGAAAGGCUCGGAGAUGCAUCAGCAGAAACCAGCACAACUGCUGUAGAGAAUCAGACAACUGAAGAUGCCACAGACAGACUGGACACAGAAGAGACUGGGGAUGUACUGGCCUUCCCUGCACGAGACAUUGCUGAGCAGCUCACGCUAUUAGACGCUGAGCUCUUUGUCAAAGUGGUUCCAUUUCACUGCCUUGGCUGCAUUUGGUCUCAAAGAGACAAGAAAGAGAAUCGAAAUAUAGCGCCUACAGUCCGUGCUACCAUUGCCCAGUUCAAUGCCGUCACUAACUGCGUUAUCACCUCUCUGCUGUGCCCUCUUUCCACAUCCCCUCCUGGUUCCCCAUCCUGCACUCGCAGUGGCCCUACACACAGGGCAAAGAUUAUUGAGAAGUGGAUCUCUGUGGCUCAGGAGUGCUAUCAGUUGAGAAACUUCUCCUCUCUAAGAGCCAUCUUAUCUGCUCUUCAGUCUAAUGCUGUUUACCGGCUAAAGAAAACUUGGGCAGCAAUCAGCAGGGAGAGUAUGGCUGCCUUCGAUCACCUCUGUGACACAUUUCCUGAUGAGAACUGUGUGCUGGUCAAUCGAGAUAUUCUUGUAGAGGAAGGAAGCCAGGCAGCUGAUGUUGACACUCACAGCGCUCCAAAGUCUCCCAGACUCAGCCCUACAUCCGAGCACAUGACCCCCUCCAGCGGUGAGGUGCCAUACCUGGGCACUUAUCUGACUGUUCUCACCAUGUUGGACACCGCACUAAGUGAUAAUGUAGAGGGGGGUCUUAUCAACUUUGAGAAGCGUAGAAAGGAGUUUGAGAUUCUGUCUCAGAUCAAGCAGCUGCAGGCGUCAUGUGCUCACUACAAACUCCAAUCACAUCCUCACAUCAUUUCCUGGAUCAACGGAGGCAUACCCCUUUCUGAUCAGAAGAGCUAUGAGUUGUCAAGAGAUCUGGAGCCACCAGUUGACCCCUGUCCCAGCUCUCCCAACCCCUGGAGCCACCGGCUCAUCACCAAGAAACUGACCUCAUUGCUGUCUGGCAGUGAGAACUUCUCAAAGAAGACUUUUGCUGAUCAGAUCAGUGUAUCAUCCUCUGGCUCCAGUGGCUCAGAGAUGGAGGAUCUCAGCAGCCCCAACCUCUCACCACUUAGAUACAAAGUACAGUCUGUAUCCUGUCAGGACAUCUCAGUGGACACAGCCACCUCCUCUCUGACUCCGCCCAGCUCUUUUCGAAGAUGCCUACAGGCGGAUAUGUCUGCCCUGAGCCCUGACAGCCCUUCCCCUACAUCAUCUUCAUCUACAUCAUCUUCAUCAUCGUCCUCUCCUUCUCUCAAGCAUCCCAUGUACAACAAGCAGGUCGCUGAUUCUUGCAUCGUCAGAGUCAGUGUGGAAUUUGGCAACAAUGGAAACGUUUAUAAAAGUAUUUUGAUAACCAGUCAGGACAAGACAGCUCAGGUGAUUCAGAGAGCUCUGGAGAAACACAACUUGGAGGAGAUGAACUGCCAAGAAUUUAGUCUCACACAAGUGCUCUCCAAUGACAAGGAGUUGCUGAUCCCAGACAAAGCCAACGUGUUCUAUGCCAUGUGCACCACUGCCAACUUUGACUUUGUGCUUCGCCAGCGUUACAAAAAUCUCAGCAGAGCGCCUGGCUCAUCCUGGAGUCCUGGAGCAGUUUGGAGGUCCCGCAAGUAACAGAACCUCGAUGACAACUCACAAUAUGGUGGCAUCAUACAUGAAAAACUAUAAAAGUGAACAAAGACUAUAUAACCACAUGGACGACUGUGAUGUGUGUGUGACUACUGGAUGUUACGCUUAGUUAAAUUUAAAAACAGACUGAGCUCUGAAGCACCCUGGAGUCACAAGAUAUGACAACAUCUCACUCAGUAAUGUCUCACUGACAAAUAGCAAGGAAACUGUAGCACAGCUGCCACAACAACAGUUCUGAUUUAAAACUGCAGGAAGAAACAAGACCUGGAGAAGUUGCAAUAAUUGGCCACAUCUGCUUCCAGUUUCUUCAGAGGUUUUGCUUUGAAAUGGGAGGUAACGCACACGAUCCCUGAGUUUUACUGAGGAACAUCUGGAUGUAGGUGGAUGAACACAAGUAUGACCUACAAAUGCAAGCGUUUAUGUAGCUAAUAUUCAGCGAUAGGUGGAAAAGUGAAAUUUAUAUUAUAUUUAGGUUGUUUUCUAAGUGACAUAAUAAAAAUAUUUAUAUAAUAUAUUUUAUUUAGUUUUAAUAUCAUUUUAAUAAAGAUCGCGUUAUUUUAAUGUUUGAUGCAUUUCAGUUUUAGAGUAUUUAAUUUAACUUUUAUAUGUGCUAAUUCAUCUCUUUUGUUUGUUCUGUGUUCUGUAUAGUUCUGUUUCCUUUCAGCUCUUUCUUUUUAAUAUUUUAGCUAUAUUUAUGUGCAAUAAUUUCGAACCUAUAAGUUGUUUCUUUAUGUUUUUAAGACUUUUGGCAUCUGUGCCGCAUCUUUGUUUGAAUGAAGGAUGCUUGAACUUCUUUAUCACUUGUUUUUCUCAAGUUGAAUAUGUUAACUUGUUUUUCUGGUAGUGUCAAAUGAAGUAACUCAUCCAUAUUGGAUAUCUCGUGACUUUCUGAGCAAAUGCAAUUCAGAGAGCUGAAGAGCCCUGUGUAUGUGUUUUGUGAAAGUUAAAGUAAGUUAGUUGCUGAAGGAUGUGAAAUGUAAGUGCUUGGUGUGUGUGAAAUGGUUUGCUGCUAAAUAGUGGUGCAGGUGUAGUGUUCCUUGGAAACUACAGCAAGUGUUUUUGCUAAAUGGAAGAGGGCCUGAAUCAGCAUUAAAAGCACACUAUUGCUGUUUGCACAGAAAGCCACAAUUCCUGACUGAAACGUGUCUGUCUUUGUGUCAUUAAAAAGUUAAUUUGG